AGGGGGGAUCGUCCGGGAGCAAGCGGCGGCUGCGGCUGCUGCUCGCCGCGCUGCUCAGCCUCUGGCCAGGUGAGCGAGCGGGGCCGCGGGCGCCGCGGGGGCGAUGCCAGCCCCAUCCCUGCCUCCUUCCCAGCCGGCUCCGGGAAGCGGCUGCGGGCUUUAACCCCGCGCCGGCGCUCUGCCCCGACACCGGGCUGAGCGGGCGCCGCGCGCCGGCCGGGCUCCCCUUCGCCCGGUGCCGACGGCGUUUUCCGGCGCGCUGGCUCACGGGGCCGGCCGGGCGCGUGCACGCGUGGGCUGCUAAGACGAGGUUUCGUAACGAGGGCGACGCGGAGGGGCUGCCGGACCCCCGGCUCCGUCCGCGGGAGAGGAGCCGCUCGCCGCUGGUUUUAUUUUCCGGCUUUUGCCAGCGCCUCGGGGCUGCCCGGGGGAGCCGGAGCCGCGCCGGAUUACGCCGCGGGGAGGCUGGCUCCUUACGUAAACCUGCAGAGAGGAAUCCCCUUAAUUCCCCGCGUGCUAAUCCAUACAUUUAAUAAUUCCCACAAAACCUCCCGUUCUUACAGAACGCGUUUAGCAGCACGGGCGGAUUAGCGGGGGGGUUUUAUCCUCCUGAAAUGUAAUUGGCUUCAUGAGCAUCCUGGGCGACGUGCGACAAGUCGCCUGCCGUCAGGCAGGAAGGCUGCGUGCCUCUGCCACGCUGAUGACAAAUACCAGCCCCAGCUCGAUGGAAAAUAGGUUGUUGUGAUGGUUUCAAGUUUUCCAGCUGCUUCCUUUGAUCAAAAUCGGUUGGUAAAGGACUGUGGGGUGGUGAUGAGCCAGAGCCAAACGUGGAUUAACGUCACGUAAACCCCAGGUUAAAAGCAGCUUCGCGGCCCUGCGUCUUCCAGGGUCUCGGUGAGACCCGAAUUGGAUGAAUCCCGAUACCAAAGGCAUCGCGAUGACCCGUCCCAAGCAUCUACGCGCUCGUGCCUCCCUCCCUGCCAAGCUCGCAGUCCUUAUCCCUGCCUAGCUCUGGUUCUCUCCAGCACGAGCAAUCCCAGGCAGAAGCUCUUCACCGCUCCUGCCUCCAAGGUCAGGGCCGCCAAGCCGGGAGCGGAGACUUGCCCGGCGCGCGUUCCCGAAAAUCCCGGGUAAACAGGAUGAAGCGAGCCGAGGAGCUCAGGAAGCGAUGCGAUUGUGCUCGCUGGAGACCUGCCACCGGGCUGCUUUUCCGACCCGUCACUUCCCCCCGGGCGCCUCCAACAAUAGCGCGGGGACGGCGGGCAGGAUCCCGCGCCGCCGAGGCCGGAGCCGAGCGAGGGGCCGCGGCCGGGCUGCUCGCCGCCGGGACGGGCGGCCCCUGCGCUCCCUCCGAGCUUUGCAAACGCCCGGGCAGCUCCGGCGAGGGCGAAACGCGGUGGGGGCGAGGGCUCGGGGGCGAGAGCGAGCCGCAGGCACAUCUGCUUCUUUUCCACGUCUGUGGAUUUUUCGCCUGGGUUGGAGCCCAGGAGGGGGAAGGCGAUGCGGGGACGAGGCGCCGGCUGCCGGACCUCGCUGCUCCUCCUGGAGCGUCCCCGUCCCGGCACGUGGCGCUUUUACCCGGAUAGGAGAGAGGCUCGGAGGGGCCGAGGGACUUUCCGAGGCUGGCGGAGAGCCCGUGGCAGGGCGGGGGCCCCAACCCGGGCGCUCCCGGGCUCCUCCUCGGCUCCCACUUUUCCUUGCCGCAUGUGCCAGGGCCAGAGCAGAGCCGGCGUCUCCGGGACGAUGCCCGGGAGCAUCGUCCGGCACCGGCGGCAGGUUGGGAGCGCUGCGUGGGCAGCGGGAGAGGAGACAGCUUGCAGGUAGGCGGGAGCGAGGGAGGUUUGUGCCGAGCUGCUCCCGUCCUGAUUUUGCUGAGAGCUGUCGCUGCUGCCAAAAAAAAAAGGAAAAAGUCAGUGCAAUGUGCGGGCUUGGCGGCCGGCUGCAACGUCCCUCCCCGGCGCCGGGUGCAGCGAGCCCGGGCCGGGCGGAGAGGUGGCUCCGGAGACGCCCCGGUUCCUCCCGCCGCGGCCGGGCUGGCGACGGGCACCUCGGCCGGCUCUGCCCCCGUUUGCAGCGGGGCAGGGAGGCCGGGGCGAGGGGGAGGCGUGCCGGGGCCGAAACCCACCGGCUCGGCGCGCGGCGCCGGUGCAGCGCGGCGCCCGCGCCGCUGCGCCCGCCCUAACUGCUCUUGGUCUUCCGUAGGCAUCGGGGCAAAGGCGCGGUUUAAGGAGGACGGUGAGGUUUUGCAGAUGUUGGCAGGGAACUCGUCCCAGAGCCUGCUGGAGCGUUGCGCUGGUGAGACGCCGCAGGUUCGGCCCGUUCAGAUGAGGAGGAGACAUCUGAACUCGUAGAUGCCGCUUGGACGCCAGCUGCCCGCCCGCCCGCCCCCGCCGUCCCUCCC